AUGAAAUGUGAGUUUGCCUUGGUCACGGUAAACUUUAUAUCCCUGCAGAGGUUCUCCAGCUAUAAUCGACUGGUGAGGACGACUGCGUGGGCGCUCAGAUUUGUUCGACGAUGCCGUGGAAUACGUCGCGAUGAAGAGGUCUACGGAUUGACCGCGAUCGAGUGCGCUGAAGCAGAACGCGCAUUGAUACGGCAGUCGCAGCGAGAAGCGUUUGCUGAGGACAGCCAAGGAAACGUCGCCAAGGACAGCCGACUGCACGGACUGUCCCCAUACCUUGACGAGGACGGAGUAUUGAGAGCCAGUGGAAGGAUCGACGACGCGACGUGUGUGCCAUACAACGCACGUCGGCCGAUCAUACUGUCUCACGAGGAGGCGCUGGCAGAGAUGAUCGUGCAGCAACACCACGAAAAGAUGUGCCACCAAAACACGGAGGCGAUCGAUUCGGAGCAAGUUCUGGAUAACGAGCUUGCGGAGACUGCUACGGAGGGUGAGGCCAACGGAUGGCCAUUUAAGUCUACUGGCCUGGACUACUUUGGGCCGCUCCUUGUGACAAUUGGACGUCGCACAGAGAAGAGGUGGGUGGCACUGUUUACGUGCCUGACCACGAGGGCUAUCCACUUGGAGAUGGCUCACGAUUUGUCCACCGACUCCUGCAUAAUCGCCAUGAGGAACUUCAUGAGCCGCCGUGGACCAGUGGUCAGGAUAAGGAGCGACAAUGGGAAGAACUUCGUUGGAGCCGACCGCGAGGCCAAGAGUUUCAGCGAAGUGUUCGAGCCUGCACAGAUCCAGGGCGAGCUGUCGUCUAAGGGAGUCGAAUGGAUCUUCAACUGCCCGGCGAACCCAGCUGAAGGUGGUGCCUGGGAGAGGAUGGUGCAGUGCGUGAAGAAGGUGAUGGCGCACACAAUGAAGAAGCUCGCGCCCAAGGAGCAUGUACUGGAGAACCUGCUGAUUGAGGCGGAGAGCAUCGUAAACUCUCGUCCGCUCACUCAUCUACCGGUGACGGUGGACCAGGAGGCUCCACUGACGCCUAACGAUUUGAAAGGAGCAUCGGAUAUCCCAGAUCUCCCCAAGGAUGAUGGACAGGAGCCCGUGAGAUCCGCUACUAGGAAGCAGUGGCGCAUAGCAAGGAUGAUGCGCGAUCGCUUUUGGAAGCGUUGGGUGCAUAAGUACCUGCCAACUCUUGUGCGCAGGGAGAAAUGGUGCAAGCGCGUCGAGCCCAUCCGUCGAGGAGACCUGGUAUUCAUCUGCGAUCCAGCAUUACCACGAAGGGAAUGGAAACGAUGCGUCGUGGAAGAGGUGUUCACCGGGAAGGAUGGAGUACCUCGUCGAGCAGCGGUGCGGACUACCGAUCGAGCCAAGACGACUAUGCGUCCCGCUUCGAAGGUAGCUGUCCUGGACGUGGUGAAUGCGGCUGCUUCACGGGGGUGGGGAUGUCGCGGAACGGAUUAG